GUCUGGCGGAGCACGCUUUUACACGCGCGCGCGUGUAUGACUAGAUCACAUCAGCCGACUAAACUGGCGUUGCAAAAACGACACUUUUAACGAGAUCUAUUUGCCUUUUGCAAUUCUGAAUUCAAUCUCGAAUUUUUAAUAAUUGCUGCCCCGCAGUCACGAAUAAAACGAUUUUUUACACUAAUUCGGGUGAUGUGGAAUUGUGAAAAAUUAUAAGUGACAAUUAAUACGUAAAAGUGACGAUUGAUAUCCGACACAUUGGAGCUAAAGAGAUUGAAAGUGAGCAACCGCGAAAGAAGAAAAGUACAUUUAAUUUUAGAAAAUAAAAAUUACUCAAAGUAAUUAUCGGAGCUCACGAACAUCCCUGAGUUUGAUUUAUCAAUUAAUACAGAUAAAUUAUUAAGUACUCAUAUAUGACUAUAAAAAUAUCAAGUAUCGAACGAUAAACGAUCAGAAAGCUUAAAUAAGUUACCGAUUUUUGUACAAGAGACGCAUUCGGCGUUUCAUCUGUGAGUAAUAUAUAUUGUAGUAUUGUCAGUUUUAGUGAAAAUCGGUUUCCAGACGACAACUUCCGGAGGUCAGCGAACAGACGACGACAAUUUGAAUAAAGGCAGUCGUUGGCCUUGAAAGAAAACUUUCCGAGGUGUAAAAUUUAUGAGUACAUCUCUUUUCUACAUAAACAUCCAGUCUCUUGGAUUUUCAAAUCAGGAUUUUAUUUGAAAAAAUUGAUUUCUGUGCAUACAUUAUCCCUUGUGACAACUAAGGCAUUCAAAAAGUGUGAUGAAGAAUUUUCAAAUUGACGAACAUGAGGUAAACGGCAAAAAUAAUAUCAGCAAUGGAAAAAGUAACGGCACGGGUGAAUAUAUCCAAAAAGACGAUGGCGAUGCUGUACAGCAAGCUAUGGGUUUUCUUGGAAGAUGGCAAAUACUGAUAUGCACAGCAAUAUCGCUCAUCAAGUUUCCUGUGGCCUGGCAUCAAUUGGCUAUUGUCUUCAUGGCACCGAAACAGGGAUAUAAUUGCACAAUGCCAAGCUUCAUGAAUAGCACGGACCAGUGUCGUGCAGAGGUCAACGGCAGUAUCGUAGAAUGUUCUGAAUGGAAGUUUGAUACAUCUGUAUUCCCUAAAACUAUAAUAUCUCAAUGGGAUCUUGUUUGCUCUCGUGAUAAUUACGCAAAUGUGCAGCAAUCAAUUCUUAUGUUUGGCAUUUUACUUGGAAGCGUUUCCUUUGGAUAUUUCUCAGAUAGAUUUGGAAGGAAAAUUCCUUUAAUGAUAGCAAUUUUAUUACAAUUGAUAUCGGGCAUUGGAUGUGCCAUUGUUCCCUGGUUUUCAGCAUUUUUAUUUAUGAAAUUUAUUAGUGCCGUCGCAACUGCUGGUACAAUGGUUACUAGUUAUGUCAUAUGCAUGGAAAUCGUUGGUAAAAAUUGGAGAGCUGCCAUAACGAUACUCUAUCAAAUACCCUACAGUUUAGGGCAUAUGUCCUUAGCGGGUUUGGCAUAUUGGUUUAGAAACUGGCAACACUUACAAUUAGCAAUAACUUUACCAUCUGUAGUAUUACUUGGUUAUUGGUGGAUCGUUCCAGAGUCACCCAGGUGGCUCUUGGCUAUGGGUAAACAAAAAGCUGCUUGUAAAGUACUUCGAAGUGCUGCUAAAUUCAAUAAAUUGGAUGAUAAAGAUAUACCGGAUAUUGUCCGGCAACAUUGUUUACAUCAGAAAUCGAAGAGAACAGAAUUUGAUGGGAAGCCAUCUAUUUUGGAUCUUUUCCGUACACCCAACAUGAGAAUGAAAUCGCUAUCAAUAUUCUUCAAUUGGACAGUCUGUGGAAUGGGUUUAUUUGGAAUGUCUCAAUACAUAGGUCAUGUGCAAGGAAACAUUUUUAUUAAUUUCGCUGUAUCAGGAAUAAUUCAAGUUCCUGGAAAUUUUGUUGCAUGGUGGACCAUGAACGCUUUGGGAAGAAGGAUAACGCUUAUUAUUAGCAACCUUAUGACUGGAGUUGCUAGUUUUUUAAUUAUAUGUGUUCCAGCAGAAAUGCAAUGGUUAAAAAUGAUUUUUGCUUGCUUUGGUAUUGUCGGUAUGUCAGUCGCAUUUACGACUGUUUACUUGUAUUCCGGAGAACUAUUUCCUACGGUAGUAAGGAAUAUCGGCGUAGGUACUAGUAGCAUGUGUGCCCGAAUCGGAUCGAUGCUUGCACCUUUUGUCGUUGCAUUGGCAGCUACUCAAUCCUGGAUUCCUCCAGUGAUAUUUGGUGUAAUGCCAACCAUUGGCGCGGCUCUUUGCUUUUUAUUACCAGAAACUGCUGGUUGCGAAUUACCAGAAACAUUAGAAGAUGGAGAAAAUUUUGGAAAAAAAAAGAAAAAUAUUGGAGAAGAGACAGAUUUAAAUGAAGCUGAGAUGGCUUUUUAAACUUCAAACAAAAGAUACAGCAUGGAAAUAAUAUUAAAAGUUUUAUCUCUGUACAAAAAAGUACCAAAGGCCCAGUAAUGAUAUAAUACUUGACACUACUGUUUAAGUGCAAUAAUGUGGAUAUUAGCGUUAAAUGAAUGAAAAGUAUAAGGAGAAUAAUUAUUCUUUUAAUGAGUAUCGGAAAAAAAGUAUACAUUUAAAAUUUUUUAAAUAAUGUUUGAUCGUACAGAAUAAUUUAUGCUCAAUCUUUUGAACACGGAUUUUUUAAGAGUUUUCCUGUUGCGUAGAAAAAAGAACAUUUUGUUCCAAUUACUUUUUUGAUAAUAUUUGAGAAGUUGGACAAAAGAUUUGCUAUAACAUAGUUUCGAAUCUCAAUGUAAAACUUUCUAGAGAAACUACUUGUUAUGUUACACUAGAAAAAUUAAACUUUGUUAUUUCUUAUUUUAAGAACCUAGUCAUAAAUCAUAUGUACAAAUACGAACAAUCAAUUACAUUCCGUUAAAUCAUUUAAUGAAAACAUCCAAAGUACGCGAUAUAUUCAAAUAUUUUAAUUGUUUUAAAAGUUCUGUACCUCUUUAAAAGAAAAAAUAGGAUAAAAAAGUUUAAU